AUGGAGGCAGAGCACGGCAGCGGCUUGUCCGCUAUGGCUGGCGGCAGCGGCAGCGACGGCAACAGCGACGGCGGCGGGGGCAGCGGGAGUCUGAAAGCCCCCAAGCAUCUGUGGCGACACGACGAGCACUACCCGCCGCAGCCGCGGCAGCACCAGUUCCUCCAGCACCAGCAGCAACACCCCGGGCAGCCGCCGCCGACCGCAUCGCGGGGCCGCUGCCUGGCGGGGGCUCGCGUCAGGCACCGCGGCUACUCCGACACGGAGCGAUACCUCUACUGCCAAGCUAUGGACCGCGCCUCCUACGCCAUGGAGACUGGCCACCGACCCGGCUUGAAGAAAUCGCGGAUGUCUUGGCCCUCCUCCUUCCAGGGACUCAGACGUUUCGAUGUAGACAAUGGUACAUCGUCGGGAAGAAGCCCCUUGGAUCCUAUGACAAGCCCUGGAUCAGGGCUAAUUCUUCAGGCAAAUUUUGUCCACAGUCAACGCAGGGAGUCUUUCCUUUACCGGUCAGACAGUGAUUAUGACCUGUCUCCCAAGUCCAUGUCCAGGAACUCUUCCAUUGCCAGUGAUAUACAUGGAGAUGACUUGAUUGUGACACCGUUUGCUCAGGUGCUGGCCAGCCUGCGUACUGUACGGAAUAACUUUGCUGCAUUAACCAAUUUACAAGAUCGGGCACCCAACAAACGAUCACCAAUGUGUAAUCAAGCAUCUAUUAACAAAGCAACUAUAACAGAGGAGGCCUAUCAAAAACUGGCUAGCGAGACCAUGGAGGAGCUGGACUGGUGCCUGGACCAGCUGGAGACCCUGCAGACCAGGCACUCCGUCAGCGAAAUGGCCUCGAACAAGUUUAAAAGGAUGCUCAACCGGGAGCUAACUCACCUAUCUGAAAUGAGCAGGUCAGGCAAUCAGGUCUCAGAAUACAUAUCAAACACAUUCUUAGACAAACAACAUGAAGUUGAAAUCCCUUCUCCAACACAGAAAGAGAAAGAGAAAAAGAAGAGACCAAUGUCCCAGAUCAGCGGAGUCAAAAAACUCAUGCACAGCUCUAGCCUAACUAAUUCCAGUAUUCCCAGAUUUGGAGUUAAAACAGACCAAGAAGAUGUCCUUGCCAAGGAACUAGAAGAUGUGAACAAAUGGGGCCUUCAGGUUUUCAGAGUAGCAGAAUUAUCUGGAAACAGACCGUUGACUGUCAUCAUGCACACUAUUUUUCAGGAACGGGACUUGUUAAAAACUUUUAAGAUUCCAGUAGAUACUUUAAUAACUUACUUGAUGACCCUUGAAGACCAUUACCAUGCGGAUGUGGCAUAUCACAAUAACAUACAUGCUGCAGAUGUUGUUCAGUCAACCCAUGUGCUACUAUCAACCCCAGCAUUAGAGGCAGUGUUCACUGAUUUGGAGAUUCUUGCAGCAAUUUUUGCCAGUGCAAUACAUGAUGUAGAUCAUCCUGGGGUUUCAAACCAGUUUCUUAUCAACACAAAUUCUGAACUCGCCUUGAUGUACAAUGACUCAUCAGUACUGGAGAAUCAUCACCUAGCUGUGGGUUUCAAGCUGCUGCAAGAAGAAAAUUGCGACAUUUUCCAGAAUUUGACCAAAAAACAGAGGCAGUCAUUGAGGAAAAUGGUCAUUGAUAUUGUGCUUGCAACAGAUAUGUCUAAGCAUAUGAAUCUAUUGGCUGAUUUAAAAACUAUGGUUGAAACUAAAAAAGUGACCAGUUCUGGUGUCCUCCUUCUUGAUAACUAUUCAGACAGGAUUCAGGUUCUUCAGAAUAUGGUGCACUGUGCAGAUCUAAGCAAUCCAACCAAGCCACUCCAUCUCUACCGCCAAUGGACAGACAGAAUAAUGGAGGAAUUUUUCCGUCAGGGAGAUCGGGAGAGAGAGAGGGGAAUGGAGAUAAGUCCCAUGUGUGAUAAGCACAAUGCAUCUGUAGAAAAAUCACAGGUGGGUUUUAUAGACUACAUUGUUCAUCCUUUGUGGGAGACGUGGGCAGAUCUUGUUCACCCAGAUGCCCAGGAUAUCCUAGAUACACUGGAGGACAAUCGAGAAUGGUACCAGAGCACAAUCCCUCGAAGUCCCUCUCCUGCACCUGAUGACCAGGAAGAGGGAAGGCAAGGUCAAACUGAAAAAUUCCAGUUUGAACUAACACUGGAGGAAGAUGGUGAGUCAGACACUGAAAAGGACAGUGGAAGUCAAGUAGAAGAAGACACUAGCUUCAGUGACUCCAAGACUCUUUGCACCCAGGAUUCAGAAUCCACUGAAAUUCCUCUUGAUGAGCAAGUAGGGGAAGAAGUAGAAGAGGAGGAGAACCAAGCAGAACCCUGUGUGGUAGAAGAUCAUUCUCCUGACACGUAACAAUGAAGAUGCAGUCUCUUUCUCUCUUACUCUCUCCCUUUCUUUUCCUCUUUCUCUCUGAGUUUGUUUUGUUUUGGAUAUUUUUUUAUUAUUAUUAUUUAGGUAAUGGUUUCCAAAGUGUGUCAUAUACUACGACCAUGGUCACAACUUGCUGUCAUCUGCCAGGACGAUUGUUGAUCAAAACUGACGUUGAUGACUCAGUUUGGCACUCAGGAAUAUUGUAACCAGAAUUUUCACCUCAGUGGCAUCAGGAAGCAGGGGGAGAACAUCCAUAAACUACAUUUUAAUAAGCUCUCCAUUUGGCAGAUUCAAUUAAAUAAAGCAAAUAUUUUCAGAGGAGUACCACCUGUUGGUGUGCUUUGAUAGUUUUGGAAUUCAUUGUAUUUUGCAAGCAAAGCAUUGGAUAAUGUUCAUCUUGAGAGGAAACAGACAGAAAACAAAUUGAGGUUCCUACUGGAAAACAAGUUCAUGUAAAUGAUGGGACACCACAUGAUUCUGUUACCACCAGGAAGAUGAGCUGUGAAAAUUGCAUAAUUUUCUAAUUUCAAGUCUUCCUGAGACGUGACUGAAAAAAGUGUGACCCAGUGGGUUGCACUAAUCUCUCCAUUUUGUAUAAUACGUGAAAGAGAGAUCUUUUGUAGAUCUUACUUUUAUUAAAUGUACCGAGGUAUUAUAUUAAAAA